AUAACAAUACAAAAGAGCAACAACAAAAAAAAAAAGAAAAACAGCUUCCACACACGACGAUGUUUACGGGUAAACUACAAAUAAAAGUCUGCGAGGCGAGCGGUUUACGCCCAACAGAUUUUCAAAAACGACACAAUUUAACCUUCGGCAAAUUAGCCGAUGAACAAUUAAUUGAUCCUUAUGUUUCGAUCGACGUCGAUGAUUCGCAUUUUGAUCGCUCAACAACACGUCCAAAAACAUUUGAUCCCGUUUGGAAUGAACAAUUCGUGCACGAUGUAACGAAUGCAAAAAAUAUAAAUUUAACAGUAUUUCACGAUGCAGCGCUCCCACCGGACGAUUUUGUGGCAAAUUGUAUAAUACCUCUGGAGGAUAUUAUGCAACAUGAAAGCAGUGUACCGGAUCUAUGGGUGAAUUUAGAACCUCAAGGAAAAAUUCAUGUUAUUAUAGAACUUAAAAAUAAAAAUGAUCAAACCAAAGAUGUUGCGGUUGUUGAACAUGCCGUAUGUGGCGCUGGCGCCAACAAAGAAUUCAAAGAACGAGCUGGGUUUAAUCGUCGUCGUGGUGCUAUGCGACGUCGUGUACAUCAGGUUAAUGGUCACAAAUUUAUGGCAACGUUUUUGCGUCAACCAACAUUCUGUUCACAUUGCCGGGAAUUUAUUUGGGGAAUUGGUAAACAAGGAUAUCAGUGUCAAGUCUGCACUUGUGUUGUACAUAAGAGAUGCCAUCGUUCCGUUGUUACAAAAUGUCCCGGUAUGCGAGAAGAGCAAAACAAUUUGGAACCCGGACCAGCUGGACAACGUUUCAAUGUGAAUGUACCCCAUCUGUUUGUCGUACACAAUUACAAACGUUUUACAUUUUGUGAUCAUUGUGGUUCACUGUUGUAUGGUCUGAUCAAACAGGGACUACAGUGUCAAGUGUGCAACAUGAAUGUGCAUAAACGUUGCCAAAAGAAUGUUGCAAAUACAUGUGGUAUUAAUACAAAACAAAUGGCCGAAAUCCUAAGCUCACUGGGUAUAUCACCCGAUAAGCAGGGACAGCCAAGACGAUCAAGGUAUAUAAAUCAACCUGGUGGCGAGGAUAAUUUAGGUGCCAGCAUUCAUGGUGACAGCGAUUGUACCUCAACUACCACGCGUAGUUCGACAAUGUCACAUCAGACCACAUCGUCUAGCAGUUCGGGUGCCACAAAUGUCAGUAGCGGCAGUAGUUCUGGUGAAAUGGGCAUGACCAGUUCGAAUCGCUGCUACGACUCACGUCCAGGCAAAACAUGUUUGCAAGAUUUCAAUUUCAUCAAAGUACUGGGCAAAGGUUCAUUUGGCAAAGUAAUGCUGGCCGAAAAGAAGGGCACCGAUGAAAUCUAUGCCAUCAAGGUAUUGAAAAAAGAUGCCAUCAUACAGGAUGAUGAUGUUGAUUGCACCAUGACGGAGAAACGUAUAUUAGCACUGGCGGCAAAUCAUCCAUUUUUAACAGCUCUACAUUCCUGUUUUCAGACUCCGGAUCGUUUAUUUUUUGUUAUGGAGUACGUUAACGGUGGAGAUUUAAUGUUUCAAAUACAAAAAGCACGUCGUUUUGAGGCAGCACGAGCUGCCUUCUAUGCUGCCGAGGUUACAUUGGCCUUACAAUUUCUACAUUCUCAUGGUGUUAUUUAUCGCGAUUUAAAAUUAGAUAAUAUUUUACUAGACCAAGAAGGUCACUGCAAGUUGGCUGAUUUUGGCAUGUGCAAGGAGGGCAUCAUGAAUGGUGUUUUGACAACCACUUUUUGCGGCACUCCCGAUUACAUUGCACCCGAAAUACUCAAAGAGCAAGAAUAUGGCGCCUCGGUUGAUUGGUGGGCUCUUGGUGUUCUCAUGUAUGAAAUGAUGGCCGGUCAGCCACCAUUUGAAGCCGAUAACGAAGAUGAACUAUUCGAUUCGAUUAUGCACGAUGAUGUAUUAUAUCCUGUUUGGUUAUCACGAGAAGCUGUGUCCAUUUUAAAAGGUUUUCUAACAAAAAAUCCAGAACAACGUUUAGGCUGUUCGGGCGAUGAAAAUGAAAUACGUCGCCAUCCAUUCUUCAGUCGAUUAGAUUGGGAUGAAUUGGAGAAACGUAACAUAAAGCCACCAUUCCGGCCGAAAAUGAAAAAUCCACGUGACGCCAAUAAUUUUGAUACAGAAUUUACUAAAGAGGAACCAGUUCUAACGCCCAUACCAAAUGAUGUUGUACGCUGCAUAAAUCAAGAUGAGUUUGCUGGUUUUUCAUUUGUUAAUCCUAAAUUUGGACCAGAACGUAAAGUAUAUUAAAACAGAAAAA